GGCGCCUCCCUUCCUCGGUGGACUUCCGCCCUGGCUCAACAUGGCAGCCGCGGGCACGAUGCCCAGAGAGGGGCGGGGCUUCUCGGCAGUCGAACGGAGCUCUAGACAGAGAGAGACGCUCCUCCUUUCUUUUCUUCCCAACGCCCAGGGUCCGCCAAUGGGAAUCCGCCUCCCUCCCUGACGUCAUCAGUCUCCGGGCAGAAUCUCCCCCGGCCCUUUCCUUAACGGCCAUUCCCGGGACCUGAGGGCCAAUCUUUACCUCAGCUUGAAGGGUGGAAAGAACAUUGGAUGCAAAAAGGAAAGAGGAAAUGUGAUUUUGGGCUGAGAAUUUUGGAGUAGAGCCUGUGGAGGGAUUUCCUUCCCUUGAAAGAAAGAAGAGGAGGAAAAACAUCUUGGAUACGGUUGGGUUCUUCACCAGAGUGGUUCCAACAUGGAGAGACCCAACUCACGUGGGCCUGAAGCAGGACCUGGGGGCAGUGGGGAGUCCUGGGAAAGAACCAGACAUGAGUCCCUGAGUGUGGACCUUGACAGCUCGGACACACAGCGCCAGCGCUUCAGGCAGUCCUCCUACCAAGAGGGUGAAGGACCCAGAGGGGUUUGCAGUCGUCUCCACGACCUGUGCCGCCAGUGGCUGAAGCCAGAGCAGCACACCAAGGCCGAGGUGCUGGACCUGGUGACCCUGGAGCAGUUCCUGAGCAUCCUGCCCCCAGAGAUGGGGAGCUGGGUCCGAGAGUGUGGGGCAGAGACCUGUUCCCAGGCGGUGGCCCUGGCGGAAGGCUUCCUCCUGAGUCGGGCCAAGGACAAGGAGCAGGAAGGACAGGCCCCUAAUAAUAACUCCAUGGAAGUCCCUGCACCAGAGGAAUCUCCACCAGACACCACCCAGAGUCUCAGGCAGAAGGAGCUGAAGCGGGAAGGAGACGGCGCUGCCGCCUUGCAGGGUAAUUUAUUUAUUUAUUUAUUUCCAGUAUUUCUAUUCCACCCUUCUUUCUCACCCCGAAGGGGACUCAGGGCGGAUCACAUUAUACACACAUAGGGCAAACAUUAAAUGCCCAUAAACACAUCAAACAGAGACAGACAGACGCAGAGGCAAUUUAUCCUUCUUCUGAGGAUCUAUUCGAUUCUGGCCACGGGGGGAGCAGCUGCUUCAUCAUCCACUCUGACAGCACUUCCUCAUUCCAGGUCAUAAAUUAGUUAAACUUGCCUCCCCACUUUCAUAAGUGACACCUUAUUUCCUACUUGAUAGAUGCAACUAUCUUUCGGGUGGCUAGGUCAGCAACGAGCAGGGGCUAUUUUUUAUUUUUAAUUGACGGGUGCUCACCCCGCCACGGGCUGGCCUCGAACUCAUGACCUCAUGGUCAGAAUGAUUUAUUGCAGCUGCUCAACAGCCUGUGCCACAGCCCAGGUAAGAAGGAACUCUUCUGGGAGUUUUGGGGGUUUUGUGCCAGUGGAAAUCCCACUUUGGGGGGAUGAGUGCACACCCACAGUUUGAGCUUCAGAACAUGAACACGCAGGAUCAUUUGGCCUUGAGAUGGAUAUAUAUCCUUAACUCGUGUCCUUUGUAUGAUAUUUUAUGGUCUUUAAUAUGUAUUUUAUAGAAAUGCAGUUUUAAUGUGGAUCUUUUAUAGAAAUACGUAUUUUUGUUGAAUUUUGGCAAUGUUCAUGUUUUUAAAAUUUUGUGGUAACCUGCCUCGAGCUGCAAGGAGAGGCAAGUAAAAAUGAAAUUAUUAUUGUUAUUACUCCUACUGCUACUACUGCUAUUGUUAUUGUUAUAUGUCAGCAUUGGGUUGCUAGAGGUGUAACUUCAGUUUGAUUUGCAGUUUUCUUUCUUGCAAUAGAACUGAAAAUGCAGCCCUUCAGUGUCUUCCCAGGUGGGACCCUAAGCUGAGCCGAGCCCUGAAACUGAGAUGGAAGAUAAAAAGACAGGAAAGAAUCACUUUAGUCAAUUGAAACACCAAGCCCAGUGCUAGUUUCACUCGAAUAUCCUCACAGCACUGCUUGCGAGAUAAAGUCCUAAACCCUCACAUUGUACAUCUUCUUGGGCUGUUGAAUGCACCUGUGUUCUUAGGGCCGUUUCCUCAUUGGUUUCUUUAUAGGACUGCAAUGGUCACCUCUGAGGCCUGUUUCUGUGACCAGCU